UGUUAAACGAAAAAAAAAUUACUGAACCCAGUCGAAUAUCCCCAAAUUUCAUUUCCAAUUCCUGGGAAAAUAAGAAGUAUUAAUUGAAUGUCCUCCGACUUCCUUCUUCUUGCUUUAAUUCCUAAUAGUAUCAAAACAUCAGGGUAAAUUUAAAUUGGGUUUUGGUCAUCCGUUGGAGAUUCAGAUUGGGCUGUUGAGUGCACACUUUGAAAUACAAGAAUAUGGAGGUAAAACCAACAGUUGCUUUGAGGGCAAUGCUUGUGGGAGGAAUUGCUGCUUUUGCGAAAAUAGCCGGUGCAAUGAAAGCUGCAGGAGGUGUAAAGUUAGGAGCAGCAGCAGCUGCUGUGUCGGCUGCUGCAGCAGCUGCUGUUACGGGCUCAAAAAAGGAUCAACCAGAUGCAUCCAAGCCACCCGCCAAGUGACUUCUUUUACCACCUUUUUCCUAUAUGAGCUACUAGUGUAUGGUGUCCUUUCAAUAAUACCGAUGAGUGCAAUUGUUACCGUUCCUAGAUUUUAUGAUGGGAAUGGUCAGAUUAUAUAGCUCAUGGUCCUAGUUUGCUAGAAAUUGAACUCAACUUGUUCAGAACGAAACAAGUUCUGUUUUCGACUCUAUUUGCAACUCUACGAGGAUGUGUAAACCCAAUGAAAAUGGAGGUAAUCUAAAUCUGCAACUUGUCUCAUAAUGAACGAGAUUUUAGUUGCGGUUGUAAGCUUAGUGUGUCGGGUUCUUGUGAUAGCUACCUUCAUUUCGAAUGCGACUUAUACUACAACUAGUUUAUCUCUA